AUGCAUCUUGGAACUUAUAGAGGUCAGCUGGCCCAUUUAACCCUCAACCUCUCUGGAGAGAGAAUGGCCUUUGGUUUGGAAAGCAAAAUCACCCUAUUUGGGAAAAGGAGGUUAUCACCAGCCCACCUGGAUGCCCACCCCAGGGCAGGAAUGAUACGACAACAGUCUUUAUCUGUAAGAAGUGCAUUAACCUCAUGCCAGCCCGAACACAUCACUGCAGCAUCUGCAAUAGCUAUGGAAGCUGGGACCUUUUCCAGGAGGCUUAUGCUGCCAUCAAGACUUGCCACCAGACCCCACCACCCACUUUCUCCUUCCGAGGGAGUGACUCCCAAGAGUCUUGCCUGCCUCUGGUUCCUGUGCAGUUCUGUGGCACUUGCCCUGGCUGCCCUAACUCUAUGGCAGGCCGUGCUCAUCAGUCGAGGUGAGACUGGCAUCUCAACAAGGCACAUCAGCAAGUAG